UCUGGUCCCGGACCCAAGAUUGGUCCACAAAGACAGCCGCACCAUGUGGAGGCUGCAAGUUGUGCUGGGCCACCUUACCGGCCGGCCCGAGUCCGGCCCCGCGCUGCAGGCUGCGCAGUGCCUCGGCGGCUUCCCGCAGGCUGCAGCGGCGGACGUGGUGGUGGUGCACGGACGACGCACGGCCAUCGGCCGAGCUGGCCGCGGCGGCUUCAAGGACACCACCCCCGAUGAGCUUCUGUCAGCCGUCUUGAGUGCUGUUCUCCAGGACGUGAAGCUGAGUCCGGAACAGCUGGGAGACAUCUCCGUGGGAAAUGUGCUUCAGCCUGGGGCUGGGGCCACCAUGGCCCGGAUUGCCCAAUUUCUAAGUGGCAUCCCAGAGACUGUGCCUUUGUCCACUGUCAAUAGGCAGUGCUCAUCUGGGCUGCAGGCAGUGGCGAACAUAGCUGGUGGAAUAAGAAAUGGGUCUUAUGACAUUGGCAUGGCCUGUGGGGUGGAGUCCAUGUCUCUGGCUGAGAGAGGAAAGCCAGGAAAUAUCACUUCAUGCUUGCUGGAGAAUGAGAAGGCCAGAGAUUGCCUGAUCCCUAUGGGGAUAACCUCAGAGAACGUGGCUGAACGAUUUGGUAUUUCCCGGGAGAAGCAGGAUGCCUUUGCACUGGCCUCCCAGCAGAAGGCAGCGAGGGCCCAGAGCAGAGGCUGUUUCCGCAACGAGAUUGUGCCCGUCACCACCACCAUCCGAGACGACAAGGGUACUAAGAGAAGCAUCACAGUGUCCCAGGAUGAGGGUAUUCGCCCCAGUACCACCAUGGAAGGACUGUCAAAGCUGAAACCUGCCUUCAAGGAUGGUGGCUCCACCACAGCAGGAAACUCUAGCCAGGUGAGUGACGGGGCAGCAGCCAUCCUGCUGGCCCGGAGAUCCAAGGCAGAAGAGUUGGGCCUCCCCAUCCUUGGAGUCCUGAGGUCUUAUGCAGUGGUUGGAGUCCCACCUGACAUCAUGGGCAUUGGACCUGCCUAUGCCAUUCCUGUAGCUUUGCAAAAAGCAGGGCUGACAGUAAAUGAUGUGGACAUCUUUGAGAUCAAUGAAGCCUUUGCAAGCCAGGCUGUCUACUGUGUGGAGAAGCUGGGCAUCCCCGCUGAGAAAUUGAACCCUCUGGGGGGUGCAGUGGCUCUGGGCCACCCCCUGGGUUGCACAGGGGCACGACAAGUCAUCACACUGCUCAACGAGCUGAAGCGCCGUGGAAAGAGGGCAUAUGGUGUGGUGUCUAUGUGCAUCGGAACUGGAAUGGGAGCUGCUGCUGUCUUUGAGUACCCUGGCAACUGAGGGCCUGGUUCCAGGCUCCACCCAGACAGUCCUGCUCUGGAUACCAGAGAGGGACACUAUAGACGCAAAUUCACAUGACACAUUCAGCACUGGUGGUAUAGGCAGGGUAGACAAAUUAAGGCACUUCAAAAAUUUGGAAAAUGUGAACAUCAAAGACAGUACAGGAGCAGGUGGAGAGGUUGGGAGCACCUCUGAAGAUCUCCCCAACCUAGGGCAAAGUCAAUGUGGGUCACCCAGGCCACAGGAAGUUGUAUAACUCCUGAGGGAUGGAAGCCCUUUGGAUCAGGGGUAAAAUGGAUGGAAUAAAUUCUGUGUCUCCCUCUUA